GAAUGACCAGCCCGCAUGCCCAUCCUGAUCAUUUACGGGCAGAUGACGGCGACUCCAGACCGUUUUAUUUGAAAAUACAAAUUAAUUACCAUUUAGAAAGAAAAUGUUUCAAUUUUGCUACGCCAUUUUAACACACUCUUGCUGUAAUUACAUUUUCGCACAUAAAGUGAUUCAUGUACAAUGCAAUAUACAUUUUAUACUACACAAUUAAUUCCGCCACCAGGUUAACACUUGGAAAUGUAAUUGAGUAUAGAGCUGGGUUUAAUUGAAGCAGAAAUGUAUCAUGGGUGCAGAUAGAACCCGCGGUAGAAAAUUACGCAGGCGCGUUUGGUACAAACCUUACAGUAUCGGUCCUCCUAUCACAAGAGACGCCCGCUCUUAUCAGUGCGAACUCGGUUCACGAACGAAUUUCGUAAAAGUGACACUUAACAAUUAAAAAAAUAAAACACUUGUGUUACGCGACAAAAUAAAAUAUCUUCCUCGUAAAACAAAGUGGAGUGACUUCGACGGUCUUUUGUUUGCCGGUUUUUUGUGCAAAGUGUUAUUGUUUUUCAGUGUUUGGAAAAGUGUGCGAGAAAUUAAAUGGGACACCGAGUGAUUAAUUUGCCGAGUUGCAAAGUUGAAAACAGUUUUUGCGGUGCGGGAUGCUUUGUGAAGGACUUGAGUUGGAGAAUUUUAUUGGAGGAUUAUCCGGAACGAUGAACCCUUUCCCCGAGGGUCUGUGAACGAUGGCGCGUGCUACAGCCGCCUGCCUCUUUACGGUCCAUUUUCUCUCGUGCAUUAUUGUAUGUCGUCAAGACAGCGGUAGUAAUCGGCCGCGAGACCAGAACACGGUCUCCGAGUCUUCGCGCCGGUUCCGCACAGAGUUCUUAGAAGACUGGCCGCAGACACCAGGCGCGCCGUACUUCGACCCUAGCACGCCGGACAACGUGACCGGCUUAGUUGGACACCCAGUUAUACUUCUGUGCAAAGUGAAGAACCUUCAGAAUAGAACUGUGUCCUGGGUACGACACCGUGACAUCCACCUACUGACAGUGGGUCGGUAUACGUACACUUCGGACCAACGCUUCGAAGCGCAACACAAGCCGCGCUCCGAGGAGUGGGCGCUGAAGAUCAGGAGUCCACAGAAGAGAGACUCCGGGCAAUACGAGUGCCAGAUAUCUACCACGCCACCUAUCGGUCACGCGGUGUAUCUUAAUAUAGUAGAACCAGAAACAGAAAUAAUGGGCGGCCCAGACCUAUUCAUCUACGCCGGCUCCACAAUAAACCUCACAUGCAUAGUGAGGCAUACACCUGAACCGCCUAGUACCAUCAACUGGACGCAUAGAGGAAAGACGAUAAACUUCGACUCUACCCGCGGUGGCAUAUCGCUGGUCACAGAGAAGGGGAUCCACAGUAGCAGUAGACUGUUGGUACAAGCAGCGCGCACAUCCGACGCGGGCGCCUACCAGUGCGUCCCUGACAAUGCGUUGACGGCUACGGCGCGCGUUCACGUACUAACUGGUGAGUUUUACCUGCUUACUAGUAAGUUUUACCUGCAUACACAGUAGCAGUAGACUGUUGGUGCAAGCAGCGCGCACAUCCGACGCGGGCGCCUACCAGUGCGUCCCUGACAAUGCGUUGACGGCUACGGCGCGCGUUCACGUACUAACUGGGGAAACACCAGCCGCCAUGCAAGGAAACGCGCAUUGUGCAAGAAGCCUAACACUCCCCUCUGUGCUGUGCGUUGUCAGCGUUAUAUUAUAUUUAGGUAUUUUUGUGAUAUAAAAAGUGUAAUAUAAUUUAAUUAUAACGGCAUAAAAUAAGUUUUAAUGAAAACGAGAAUUCAGAAUUUUUGUAUUAUUAUAUUGAGAGUAACGUGGGGUAACUUGUGCAAGCGUGGAAAUUUCAUUUGACUAAAACACCUUAUUACGUUAAAUUUUUAUUUGAUAUUUUCAAUUCUUACAAAGAAAAAUAUAUAUCUAUAUUUAACAUAUAGUUUAGCAUAUAUAUUUUUUCGUAUAUACGGCAAAUAAACUACGAAAAUGACAUUGAAGAAAUUAUUAUUUUUAAUGAUAGAAGCUAUUGCAGACGACUGGCCCUAGUAAGCAGAGAUACGCAAAAUAAAAAUGAAGAAAUGACCUACUAAAUGUUAACUUUGUCUUAAUUUUUUUAUAUGGAAAAUAAGAAACUAUACAAAAAUCUUCAUAUUACCAUUGUGACGAAAAUACUUUUAGGGCAGCAAUUUAAAACAAAAAUCAUGUUGAAUGUGAUCAGAAUAUCUUAUCUGUAGUAUAUAACAUAAUAUGGAAUAUGAGUACGAUAUACGAAUACGUUAUUCGAUAAUAUUCAAAAUAAAAUUGUAAAUAUUACAACCAAGUAUAUAUAUAACUACCUACCAUAAAUCUUGAACUGUCUGUUUACGGUGUUACAUUGAGAUUUAUUUGAUAAAUAAUAUUUAUUGUAAAUAAUAUUACUUAUAAACAAUAAAUUGUACUACAAGAUCGAUAUAACUAAGUUAAACAAACAGUACUGUGUGUAUUCAUUAACACAGUGGCUGCAUUCAAAAAUAUUAAUUGCCAGAAACAGUUCAGUUUUUCAAACAUUUUUAUAACUAUUAAUUUUAUUAUGAAAGAUUGUCUGAGGUUAAUUUUGCCUUCACCUACCCUCAGAAUAAGAACGUAUCACAUUGUAUUAGUUUUUUUUUAAGAUAAUGCAGUUUCUUGUAAUAAAUUACGUCACACAGUCCAUUUACCAAAUUACGAGUCACUAAAAGGUUAAAUCGGUCUUGCAGUAUAUUUCAUAGAAGUGCAACAAAUUUUGUUAUCGAAAUGCCGUAAAGUUUUAUAUAUCUCGUUAAUUAAAGAUGUAAGACAUCGAAAUAAAUACUAUAAUAUUAUUAUUACCAUAAUUAUAAUAUUUAAAGGCAUCUAUCUGUGCCAAGUGUCGUUUAGGGCUAUCCAUUAUAUCCUAAGUACCAGGGUAAAUGUGAGAAUAUUAUUGCGGAAACAUACUUUAAACACGCAACGCGUCAUAAUGUUGGGUAAAGUCAAGUCAUUUUCUAUUAUAGUUUGACUACUUUUGGAGGUCUGUUUGACUUUGAACUUAGUGCUUCUAGCCCAGGAUAAAGUUAAUUUUCCGUGAGUAGCUUCUCUUGCAGAAUCGCUCAACUUUUAUAUUUACGAAAAUUCUUGAUUCGGGUAGCUAACUGGGUUACCUGAGCUAUUAGGUGUUGACAGUCAGCGCGCUGGUGUGUAAACUGAAGAAGUUUUCUAUAAAGCCUUCAGUUUAAGUACAAUGUCUACAUACAAACGCGCAUGUUCUAUCAUUUUUUCAAUAAAUUUUCAUUUAAUUACAAAACGAACAGACUUUUCGGAAUAGAUUAACUGUAACACCCAAGUAUUAUAUUAUCGGAACCAUCACAAUGUGUUUAGUUUCCGCAGUAAUGAUUAAAAUAAUCUUAGAGCCCAUUUACACUAGUGUUUAUCAAAGUUGAUUUCAUUAUAAUAGACUAUUGGACGGAAGAGCUGCGUAAAAUCUCAUGAAUGAUUAAGCAUACUACUCGAAGCUAUGCCGUAAACUCCGGUAUAAGUAAACUUAUAUACGUAACCCGAACUUGCAGAUCCAAUACCGGACAGGAUGGACUCUAAUCAGCUCACAAAUCUUAUGGAUCCCUACGUUCCUCUAAGUCUAAUCCGUCACGACGAGUCAGAAAUUCUGUAUUCCAACAUUAUUGUAGCUCUGGAUAUCGUUUCUAACAAAGCUUUUGCGUUUGCAAAAUUUGCAAGUGACGAUGUUACGACUUAUUAACACUUUCGCUGCGGCACUGAUUUUUCUAUACUUUUCUCUGGGGCGGUACGAGGUUGUUUGAUGUCAUACUAAAACUUAAUUUAGUUGGGUACGAGGUCCAUCGAUCUCGUAACUCUUGAACACGCUAGACGUACAAGGUCAAUUGACCUCGUACCGCAGCGAAGGUGUUAAGGACCCAACAGCAUACAAACGAUACACUUGUUCGUUAGUAACACUAGUGUGUAGGGGCUCUUAUAAAUAGACAUUAGAAUAUUUCUAAUGUUCAAUUCAAUUACAUUGUUGUAUUAUAUUAAAAUAGUAUUACGAUGGUAGUCUAGGGUAAGGGUAUAAUUUAGAAAAAUUGUUUUUAACUUGAAGUUGAUUUAAUUAAAAGACCAUUUUUUAUUAA